UUUAUUGCAUGCUUCUUCAAACGACGAUCGGACGAUACGAAAUUAGCCAGCGUGUCAAUCCUUAUUGUCUCCCUUCCACGCUUGAACGGGGGGACAGCAGAACCUUCCUCUAAAGGAACCCUGAUUUGCUGUCGUGUUGGCAUCGUAGGAAACAUAAAGCCAUAAGAUGCCGCUACCGAAGCGCCUGGUGCAGCCGGUGUUUGUGGCACGAUCGGUGUACGUGCGCGAAGAGCUACCGGCCGAACUGGAAACGGUCACCAAUACGACGCUCACGAACAUUGUCCGCCAACUGUCGUCACUGUCGAAGCACGCCGAAGAUCUGUUCGGUGAGCUGGCCCGGGAUGCGGGUGGCCUAGCGGAGCGUGCCAACUCACUGCAGGCACGGAUCGAUCGGCUGGCGAUUAAAGUGACACAGCUGGACAGUACGGUCGAGGAGGUGUCCCUGCAGGACAUUCAGCUGAAGAAAGCGUUCAAAAGUGCGACCAUGUUCGAUCAGCAGAUAUUUUCUCGCGCCACCAUGCCCUCGGCCAUGCUGGAGGUUUACAAGGCUUGUGACAAACCGCCACCACUGGACAAACUAAACUGCUAUCGGGACGACGGAAAGGACGGUCUCAAGUUCUACACCGAUCCGAACUACUUCUUCGAAUUGUGGCGUCAGGAGAUGCUGAAAGACACGGAGCGAGUGAUGCACGAUCGUGGCAAGAAGGUACACAAACCGCGCGGAACCGACGGAAGUGGCGGCGGUGCCGACGGGGGUGGUGGCCGGCAGAAGAAGCGCCCCCGGGCGCCACACAACACGCGCGAAAAGCAACGCCAGCGAGCGAUCGGUCACGGUGAAACACUCAUGCCCAACAACGUCAUUUACCGGACGCCGAAUGCGAUCAUCGGCGCGAACGAUGAUGCCACAUCGAUCUAUAACAGUGCGGCCGCGAUGGCAGGCGCCAAUCUGAUGUACGAUUCACGUUCCUCCUCGGCGAUGGGUGGGGCGGCCGGAUUGGCCGGUGCGGCGCGGCCCAACUCGAUCGAACUGCGACGAAGUUACCAACCGAACGAGAUGGUGGACGGUGGUGGCUACGGUCCACCGUCACCGGGUACCUACCACCAGCAACAGAUAGCGGCCGCUCAGCAACACCAACAGAACAGCGUCUACCAACAGCAACUUCAGCACCAUCAACACCAACAACCGAUCUACGAUCAGUACGGCAACCCGUCAUCGCUGUACGGCUCGAGCCAGAACCAGAUGUCACAGGAAAGUCUGUACGCACCGGGCACACCAUCGCGAUCGAAAUCGCGGCCAUCGCAACCUCCACCGGCGCCACCCUCUUCCGGCAGUGGCGGUGGUACGCCGAAUGCGUCCAACGCGAACACACCAACGCGCAGUCGAAGCUUGUCCACGGGCAGAGACAAUCUGCCGCCGCCGCCACCGAUACCGGAAGGGCUGCAGUCGCCUCCUCACGUUCUCACCAACGGUGGAGCGAAUGUGGCCGCCAAGCUACUGAACCGAUCGGGGUCGCGUGCCGGCUCACCGCAACUAACUAUGAGUGGCCAGCAACAGCAGCACCAGCAAAUGGCGGUACAGUCGAUGAUGGACCAGAAUCAACUGGCACUCGCUCAGCUCAACCAGCAGAUCAACAAUCUGAACACACUCAACAUGCAGCUGAACCAGAUGUCUAUGAACGAUCUGCCACCACCGCCACCGAUACCGGAACAGCUAUCCCCCAAACAGUCACCACCGAAUGUGGCCCCACCGCCACCACCGCCUCCACCGCCGAUGCUGGACGGACCGAUGAGCCCCUCGAAAGCGCACCUUGCCAACGGCGACCUAUACAAUCUUCCGAAGAUGCAUCAACUAAAGAAGAUUCCACCACAGGAAAAGAUUGCUUACGACGAUCCGCGUAGUGAUCUAAUGAAGGCUAUCCGAGACGGUAUCAAACUGCGCAAGGUAGAAAAGCAAAACCACGAAGCGAAGGAAAACGAUCGCAACAAGGGACUGCACGAUGUCGCCUCGAUUUUGGCGCGGCGCGUCGCCAUCGAGCUGUCCGAAUCCGAAUCCUCGGAGAGUGACGACGAUAGCGAGGGUUGGCAGGAAACGAACGAAACGUCCGCAUGACAUCCGGAGAGCGUGGCCGCCGGCGGCGGUGGGAAGAAGAAGUAGAACAGCGUCCGGUGGUUUCCCAAGCCCCAGCGGGAAUGAGGAAAACACACCGUCGUCGCCGUUCGAUAGGUGGGCGAGAAACUGUCGCCGCGGUUCUUGUCUCGCCUCUUCUGGCCAAAAGCAGAUUUAGAUUUGGGUAAGCAGCGAGAUGAUAGAGGUCUGUCGUUGAGUGGAGUGGUGGAUGAACGAGCAAUGAACGUGGCAGUGCACCAGCGAUGUGCAGUAUGUUCCGAGAUUGAAUGUAGGAUUGAUCGUGUUAAUGUGUAUGUUAGAGAGCUAAGCGCUUGUAUGAAUGGCCACAUCUCCUCCUGUCCCGUUCCCCGGAGCUGGGUUUCGAGGCUCAUAAAACGGGUUUUGUUCUUGAGGAAUCGCGCGGGAACGAGUUGUACUUUUUGUGCACCGGAAGAAGGGCAUAAAGCGGGUGAAAAGUUUGACCUCUAACGGACUCGGUGGGUGCGAUGCAAUGGAGCUGCCAAGUGUUGGUGAAUAUUGUGUUGGGCCAAUGAUAGAAAAUAGUUGACCGAUCACCGAGAUUAAUAGUACUCCUAAUUUAGGUUUGUUCAUUUGUACAAAGAUUAUUUCUGUUCCACUAUUUAUAUACACGCCGCAGAAAGCAAAUCGAUCGCCCGGUCGAAACACGCCUUGUUGAUGAAGUUGUAGCAUUACGUACUAUAUAGAUUUUUGUUUUUUUUUUUUCAUUGUUCGAAUAUUCCCUACCAUUCGAAUAUAGAAACUGUAUAGACUUCAUUUACAGCCUAAGUACCGUAAAACGAUAAACGACUCACACGCAGAAAAUUAGCAAACAUUCUAACAGCUCGUAACAGCGUACCGAACUCAAAAAAGAAAUCAAAAACUAAUUAACAAAGUCAAAUAAUGGAAAUUUGUAAGCAAAACAAAAAGCGAAAAAGAAUCAUAAUAACCAUAAACAGUGCAUAGCAAAAACCGUAGUCAAUGUUGUCGUUUAUAUGAAAAAAAUUAACGUUUAUAUCGUAGCGAAACACACAGUCACCACACUACUUGGCAGUGGGUUUUGGGUAAGGAUGUGGCGAGAUCGUGCCAACGGGCUCACGGUCAUUUUCCACUAUUUAUGACUCACAAGCGAACAGUGAUUGUAGAGUGAAAUACAACAGGCGAGACUCGAGUUGUGUGAAACCACAACUAAUUCCAAUUGGGAAGAUUGCUUUUUCGAUCGUUGGAAAGUCAUGCAUUUCUGUUGCAUUUAGUUGCAUUGGCUAGUGAUUUUGAUGCGACCACCCAAAACGAGAUUAUAAAAUUGUGGGCGGGUGUCCGAGUUCGCAGCAUAAUUUAGCUUCACAAAGACACCGGAGUUUCGUUUUCGCUACACUAGGAGCUAUUGUAUCUGAACUUUCAUCCUAAAUUAUCAUCACCACACACAACGACGCUGUUACGCUUGUUUAGUUCAAUCGACUUGUUACGCGGAAUCGUAGAUCAAGAGCUAAUAAACAAACAGAAAAUCGAAAAGACAAUUAAUGUUAUGAUAUCGAAGCCAAUGGGGUGGAUGGAGCAGAAGAAACAAUGUAGAAGUUAAGACUAUAUAAAAAGAAACAACAAAACGUAUCGCUCAAAAUUUUGCCAUUAAGCUCUGGAUUUGUGGAUCGAAUGAACAGCAAAAAUCCGCUUAUUUCGCUUCUAUAAUGCUGUGUAUUUGCAAACAAAACAGUGUUUUCACAUACAGAUGGUUUCAAGCUUUACGCAUCGCUUUUCCUUUUUGCUGCAAUUUAGUCAAUAUACAGCACUUCUUCCCUCUUCACGAAGUUCAGCUUAAAUGUAGGAAACUCAAAACUUUUCCCGUCCAAAUUCUCACUCAACCUCUUAUGCGCGCGCGCUCUGUCCAUGUCCUUCGGUUGAUUAUUCGAAUUGUUUGCAAUGUCUAAACAUAAGGAUCUAAAGAAAUCAACUUUCUAGCCAAAUAUCCACUUUCUUCACUACGCUGCUGUAAGGGCAUUUUCCCGGGCUUGGCACAAGGGUUCGAGUAACCACAGGUUUGAAUCGCGAAUGAUCAUAACUGCAACAGAAGAAACUCCAAACAGAUAAUAUACACUCUCUUCACCUACGGGUCUUAAUCCUAUAGCCAAACAUGUUUAGGGACGAUAACAAAACUGAAAACAAACACUGAUUACAAGGUAUGCGAAAGAAGGAAAGCACAUUCAAAAUACUAUACAGUUAACCAAGAAAAAAGGCAACCAAUUUCUUCCAUUUUCAGUUCAGUUUACAGUAUGUGAGGCAAUAUCACAAUGAAACUUGAAUAAUGAAACAAAAACUAAACCAUUAGCGAGAGUAGUCAGACACAGAACGCCAGCAGACGACGCAUCAACGAUGGUGAAUGGAAGGAUUAGAACAACAACCACCCGCCAGAGUAUGCAAACGCCUUUGAUAUUAGAAAUCAGUGAAUGCGUUGAAUGGUUGCGAAAAUAGUGAUCAAACUUUGCGCGAAAACCAUUUGCCAACUGUAAACGGGAUAAUGGAUAAUAGAGCCGUUUACACUUUUGCAAUGAUUAGUCCGGGUUUUGAUAAAUGAAUGUGAACCGUGAUCGCUUCAACAGUGGAGUGUGUAAUUGAAGUGGUGGCAAAUACGAGAGAGUGAACAUUAUUCCUUAUUGCUUUUCAAAUCAAUCCAAAGGAGCCGUUUUUGUUUUAACGAUGUUUCUGAUAAAGUCAUUAAUUUUUGCUUCACAUGUUUAUAUAGGUGAACGGCUUACAGGCUACGUAGGUUAACAGGAAUACAUGUAAAAACUAUACAUUACUGUAAAUGUAAAUGAAAGAUUAGUUUCAAACUUCUUUCUCGUAAGAUCUUUUGAUAUGUUUUAAUAGACUACUUUUAAAUGCUCCUCUCUGUGACGUUUCUUUGUACAUUACCUUCAUUUCUUCUCGACGAUACCUCUUGCUCUGGGCAAACCAAGAAACGGGAUGACCAAAACCGACGGACGUAAGGUCCCAAGACAGGGAGAGAAACGUUCAUCCGUAGCAGGGCCAGCGUUUUCACAGCUACCCACGGUGGCUAGGAAUAUAGGAAUGAUGUGCGCAAGAGUUGCCAGGCAGGAAACACAAUAUUAAUAAUGUCGAUCAAGAAAAUAAACCACAACUGAUGACUAUGGUAAUGUAUUAGUGCUACUAAUCGAGGAAAU